ACAGACGUUUUGGAAUUGGGUUCUCCCGACGAGAAGAAAAAGAACGGCUCUUGGACGGGAGUAUUCGGACAACUCGUCCGCGAUGAAGUGGACCUGUCGAUUUCCUUUGGCCCACUGUUCUACUCGAGAUAUAGCACUGUGGACGUGACUGUCUCGAUAAUCCUUGAUGACAUAUCGAUAAUGGUUCCGUACCCGAAAGCUAUUAAUAGCGCUGGAUCUUAUCUGACUGGCGCUUUCUCUCCAAUGACACAAGUAUUCCUAUACGGAUCAUUUGGUCUUGUACCAAUAGCCCUUUGGAUUGUAGCGCUCAUUACAAAAAAAGGAGAACGAGAUCUAGGAGUUAUAUUUGUGUUUAUCGCAGCAGUUGCGCUAGGACAAGGAGGAUAUCUGAGACAAUAUGGACAUUAUUCUUUCGCGAUUCGAUUGAUCCAUGGAUCCUGGCUUAUUGCUUUACUUGUGAUUACUUACGCUUUUAGUGGACAAUUAAUAUCGAUUAUAACAACACCGAAAUUUGACUUUAUUGUCCGUUCCAUCGAAGACGUGGCAACCAACGAAGACAUACAACCACUUAUAGUCAACGAGUCCAGCACUCAAGCCGAAUUCGAAGAUUCGUCCAAUCCAAUUUUCCAAGCAAUCUUCAAUCGCGUCAAGGAAAACCCGAAUAAGCUCCUCGUUCCAUCGUCAAGUGAAUUUGUGGAACUGUUACUUACUGAACCCAAUCAAGUUUUGAUCAUGUCUCGCAUGCUAGCGGAUUCUGAAAUUCAAGAAGAUUACAGGAAAAACAAAGUCUGCCGUGCCACGUUGCUGCCGAAAGUGGUGAAAAGCACAACGAAUAGUUUGUAUCUGCGAAAGAAUAGCCAGUACACUUUGGCCAUGAACAGGGAGUUACUGUUCCUUAGACAAGCUGGUCUGUCGGAAUAUUUGGAUGGCGCUUUCGGUCAAUAUUCGUCGAGAUGUUACAUCGACCAAAAAAGCAUGACUGGUGGCAGUAAGCAGAACGGUCCGUCAUCUCCGUUGAGCCUUUACAAUCUCCGAGGUGUUUUCUAUACCAUCGGCUAUUUGCUUCUCAUCUGUUUUGCCGUAUUCGUCUGCGAGUUGAUGUGGCAUUGCUACCGCCAAAUGUAACCCCAGCACCACCAACUUAUUUAAUCUUCACGAAAAUAUCAAUCGCACAU